AUGGAUCACGACGAAACCCCUCACCGCCGUCAGCGCUCGACCUCGCGCUCGCGCCCAACCACACCCCUCCGACCCUCGUCCCGCUCUUCGUUGCGCGACUCGGCCCGUAACAGCGUGCACGGCGAUGCUGCCUCAUUCCCGCUGAAUACGUUCGAGCCCGCCUUUGCCGAGCUUUCCGACGCCGUGGCCGACCUAGAGGCCAACAUGAUGCACUUCCAAUUGAUGCACGAGAGCUUGGCGAGGUUCAGCGAGAGCUUUGCGAGUUUCCUGUAUGGGUUGAACAUGAACGCUUUUUGUGUUGAUUUCCCGGAGGGCCCCUUGACGGAAUCAUUCCGGCGGAUGAAAGUGAAGGAGGAGGAACAACAACAAUCAAGCGCGACGAGGCUCACGGAACGGUCAGGCCCCGAGAUCGAUACCGAGGCAACAUUUAUGACUACCGAUACAUCCUUCGUCGAGAACCCCCCGUCUACCAAAUCCUCCAGUAGAUACCAGACACCAGCAUCUAGUCGCCAAUCUCGGGUGCCCGGGCCUGCCGCGUCCACCAGGGGAACGACAUCCACCCGGGGAUCAACAAGAGGCGGGCGCGGUGGGACCGGUACUCGGGGAUCGCGUGGUAGCGGGCUGGCGAGGCCCAGGGGCCGUGGAAUUCGAUGA